CGACUCAGGCGCCUGCCAAAUGGUUUCCAGUAUGACCGACUACGCCUUGGUGCGCUCUCGCAGCGCACUUGUCCGUUCUCGAUCGGUUGAACCGAGCUCUCGUCUUUACGUCACCCGCACUUCAUCAGUCCCAGACUUGACCGCUCACUUCCGUUACUCGGAUAAGUACCGUCCACAAUGGCAUACUGUCUACCAAUCGACUCCAUACCGCUGGCGUCGUGACUGGGAUUUGUACGAUGACUACUGGUAUGACAAAUACUAUUACUUCUCUCCACUUUAUCGCAGUACCUACUAUCCAAGCAGAAGAUAUUCCUACAGUGAUUAUCUUCCAAAUCCAUAUUAUUGGAACAACUAUGGAUCUUAUUGGACUCGCUACAAGGGAUAUUGGUAUGACUAUGACUAUCCAUCCUCUUACCGUCGAUACACUGAUUCUGCUUUCAACCGCUACUUGAACUACACCUACACCCCGUAUAGAUCGUACUUGAUGGACUCAUUGAGCACUUCCCUUUCUCGUGGCCUUUCCAUGUACAAGGCAGGUCUAAUCAAUCACACUACUCUUGAUGCUUACUGGUUAACACCAAAGUACUGGGAUCGUCGUUUUAAAAACUGGCGUGAGCUUUAUUGCUCCACCAAGGACAAUUAUCUUCCAUCAACGUACGAUAGAAAAACCCGUCAGUACUUUGCACAGUGGGCUUAAUGAGUGGCGUGCUUCUAGUGUUCAGAUUCUGCGAUCGACUCUUUUUCUCUUUUUUUUUGCAUUUAUACGAACUCUCAUACUUUCUCAGUAAUAAAAUUUAACUAAAAUG